UUGUCUAUGGAAUAACCUAUAUCUAAAAUGUCAUCAAAUCCGUUUUGCUGCGAAGUUAAAUAUCUUUAAAUAUAUUAUAAUUAAAUUUCUUACUUCACAGUAAAUCCAAACAAGAGGUUUUCUAUGAAAUAUGUUCAACCAAGAUUAUAUAUUUUUAAGGACUUAAUCCUUGUUCUUUUAAGUGAAUAUUAUAUUUAAGGGUAGUUUGGACAUGGCAACUAUACUUUCGAGACUGAUCCGUUCGAAUUCGAAUAAAAUUUUGCAAGUUUUUGAAUGCAGAUGUCUCAGUUCAACGCUUUUUCCUAUUAGAACUUACACUAUAACAACAUACCAAUCUGUACAAAGAAGAAAAAAGUUAUGUGAUGUGGAGUCUACAGCGUUAUUGCGAUCUUUCAAAUACUUUUCAGACGAAAAAAAGAAGGUUGAAAUAGGGUCAAAGGAAAUCAUAAAGCCAUCCCUUUUUCAAAGAUUCAAACAAAUGUAUAAGGAAUACUGGUAUGUUUUGAUACCAGUUCACAUUGUCACAUCAAUAGGUUGGUUUGGAGGAUUCUACUAUAUGGCUAGUAGUGGUGUCGAUAUUAUUGGGGUAUUAGAAGCCCUGCAUGUCAAUGAAAAAAUCAUUAAUUCAAUGAGGGAUUCACAUAUGGGAUAUGUGGCCAUAGCCUAUGCAUGCUAUAAAAUAGCCACACCUGCAAGAUAUACAGUAACACUAGGAGGUACAACUAUAACAAUUAAUUAUUUGAAAAAAUGGGGUUACAUUAAACCAGUACCCAGUCCUGGACAGUUAAAAGAAAUGUAUAAAGAAAGGAAAACUAAUUUUGAUAAAAGCAUGAAGGAGAAAAAGGAGGAUCUUUUAGCAAAGAGAGAAGUAUUGAAAUCAAAGAUAGAUAAUCGACUAGAGCAAGGAUUACAUAAAAUCGAGGAACUCAAAGAUAAAACUGAUAGAAUGAAGAAAAAAGCUGAAGAUAUUUUGAAAGAAAAAAAAUAAUAUAAGAGUAUGUUUACUUUUAUCAGAAUGUUUUACCACUGUUUUAUUUAUGUCACCUCAAAAAAGUAUUUGUAAUUUUCCCUAUUUUGAGGAAAUAUAUUGACCUGUUGAUUAA